GCCGCCGAGCCACACGGCGAUGCGCCCCUCUGGCUAGCCGCCUGCCAUCGGAUGGCCUCAUAUGCUGAGAGCUGCUGCGAGAAAGCGUCCUGGAGACGAAAUGAGAGGAGGCUGCAAGCUGGGGACUAAAGUGCCGCGCCCCACACGGUUACUCAACAUGUCACAGCGAGUAGUAAACCGGGAUCCAAGUGUCAGAAUGGCAGGCAGGCUCUCACUCCCGGAGGUGGACCUCUCCUGUUCCAUAUGCUGCGAAAUCUUCAGGGACCCGGUGGUCCUCAAGUGCAGCCACAGCUUCUGUGCGCCCUGUCUGCAGCAGUACUGGACUCAGCGGGGACAGGGCCGAGACUGCCCCCUGUGCAGGACCCAGAGCCUGGACGACCCCGUACCCAGUCUCACCCUGAGGAACCUGUGCGAGUCUUACAUGAUCCAGGAGAGUGAGGGGCCGGAGGAUAAGGCGGGAGAGCUGUACUGCGAUCCGGGGGAGAUGUGCCCGGUUCACGGGGAGAAGCUUAAGCUUUUUUGCCUUCCAGACAAGGAGCCCAUCUGUGUGGUUUGCCACACCUCAAGGAAGCACAAGCAGCACGAGUGUCUCCCUGUCAGCGAGGCUGCAGUAGAUGUGAAGGAGAAAAUGAAAUCAGCCCUCAGCUCAUUGCAGGAAAAGAGGGAUGCUUUUGACAGAAUGAAGAAAAACUACGAGGACACUGUGGCGACCAUUCAGGUCCAGGCUCGAUUUGUGGAAAGGCGGACCCGCGAGGAGUUUGAAAAACUCCACAGCUUCCUUCUUGCAGAGGAGGAGGCCAGGAUGGAGGCGCUGAGGAGGGAGGAAGAGCGGAAAAGCCGGGAGAUGAGGCAGAAGAUUGACGAAAUGGAAAGAAAUAUAGUGUCUCUGUCUGCGUCCAUCCGAGUCUUGGAGGAGGAGAUAGCUUCAGGGGACAUCUCUGUCCUUCAUAAAUGCAAGAGAACGCUGGCGAGAGCUAACUGUUCUAUUGAAGAUCCGGUUAUGGCUCCAGGAGCUCUCAUAGAUGUGGCCAAAUAUCUGGGCUCUCUGACGUUCCACGUAUGGGAGAAGAUGCGUAAAAUCAUCAAAUACACCCCAGUGACCCUGGACCCGAACACUGCCGCCCCGUGGCUCGUCUUCUCAGCUGACCUCACCAGCGUCUGUGACGGCGACGAGAGGCAGAAGCUGCCGGACAACCCGGAGAGGUUCGACCCUGACACCGGUGUACUGGGCCACGAGGGCUUCACCUCCGGCAAGCACGCCUGGGACGUCAACGUGGGGGAGAAUACGGCGUGGGUGGUCGGUGUGGCCAAAGAAUCUGUCCAGAGGAAGGAGAAAGUGUCGUCGGUGCUGAUGAACGGCUACCUGUGUGUCUACUUUUACCACAAAAUGUACUUUGCGGGUACCUCCCCUCUAACACGACUUAGCUUGAAGAAGAACCCAGAGAGAAUCAGAGUGCUGCUGGACUAUGACAAGGGCAGGGUGUCUUUCUACAACCCACUUGACGACACACACAUCUACACCUUCAAGCACACCCUCACUGAGAAAGUCUUCCCCUACUUCUGGGUGGGCUGUCAGCUGUGUCCCUUGACGGUUGAACCGCAGGAGGUUUCUGUGAAGGCUGUUGGGUAUUGUUGAGAGAACAUUUUCAGAGUCACAACUUUUUUCUUUUUUUUUCUUCUUUUUUUUUUUUUUUUCAGCACAAAAGGAUGGGGAACAUUUUUUGAAUUUCACAUAGUAUGUGGAGAGCCCUCGGAAACUGACAUCAAAUUGCAUCGUAUCUGCUCUUCUCUCCUGGCUCAGUACAAUGUUCCCCAACCUUUUUCAGCUUCAAAAUGCAACGAAUGCCUUAUCUGUGCACUUUACAUUAAGCGGUCUCUCACUUGAGCUUGAUCUCUACGCUUUUAGGGUCCCGCUUUUUCUCUCUAGAAAUUAUUGCCUGACCUGUCGAUGUUAACAGAGCGGGGCAGCAUAGAGUUGAACUUGUACUGUAUUUUGGUGCACUGUAACCUGGGAAAAAAAAAAA